GCUAACUACUUUUCUAAAUUUUCAAAAGCUCCAGUAAUAUGCAAUUUAGUUGGAAGAAAAGUUCUCGAUGGAGUUGGUCAGCCAACAUUAGAAGUGGAAAUAUACUGUACAGUUAAAAACUGUGAGAAGAGGAUUUGUUCCACUGUGAUGUGUUCUCAUUCUCAAAUACCUGAAAACGCUUUACCUGAAACAACUGAAUCUGAUGAGAAAGAGAAAAGUGACUCUGUUAACACUGCUGUGGAAUGGGUCAAUGAGUCACUGAACGCAAUGUUAAGAGACUUGGAGCCUACUGACCAGUGUAAAGUUGAUAAGGUGCUUGGUGAAUACUUUGCAAAAAAGGUAGAAGAAAAAAAAGAAAUUCAAAAGCAAGAAGAAGAAGCAGAAGCCACUCUUGCCACUUCGUGCACUCAAUCAGCAACAACGUUACCUGGGAAAAAAAAAGCAGGAAAGCCAGGACAGAAGAUGUCAGUUGCAGAGAGGACAAUCCCACCUGCAGAACCGGUUGAAUCCGUGCUUUGUGGCAGCUUAGCCAUUGGGGGAACAUCACUUGCUAUAGCUAAGGCUGGUGCCACCAUUAGCCAUAUCCCACUGUACUUACAUAUUGCACUGCUAAAACAUGAUCAGGUUUCACCUAAAGAAAUGACUCUACCACUCCCAAUGGUUACUCUGUUGAACUGUGAAAAAAUUUCACCUGCAAAACUGAAAUUAGUGAAAGAAGUUAUGCUGAUACCACCAGUUCAGGUAUCACUCAAACAGGGCAUAGAAAGAGUUCUGGAUAUUCAGAAAGAAAUGAUGAGACUGUUGGAGCCUCCAGGCAAAGUGCCCAGUCCUCAACUAGCAGACAGUAAGAAAGGCAGAGCACAUAACACAGGGAAGAAAGCUCUGCCGCGAGCCUUAAAAAGAAUAUCACACUUAGGUUGCCUAAUAACAGGAUGCGAUAGUCUGGAACAACUGCUACUGCUCAUGCAAACAGCUUGCAACAAUGUAGGUCUGAAGCUAGGAACAGAUCUGUAUUUAGCAAUAAAUUGUGCUGCUCACGAAUUGAUGGAUUACGUUAAAGGAAAAUAUGAAAUACUCACUGGAACAUUCAAAAGUCCUGAUGAAAUGGUUGACAUGUAUGUGGAACUGAUUAAUAAAUUUCCUUUUAUUAUUGCUUUAGUGGAUCCCUUAAGAAAAGAG